CCGUCUGUAUUUUCUGAUAAUCUUGUUAAUCUGUAUUUUCUGCACCGUCCGUGUUUCUGGUUUGUGUUUGUGUUGUGCUGCAACAAGAAUCUUAGUAAAAAAUUGUCACCGUUCAAAGCAGACUGCUCGUGAUAAUUUUGAUUUCAAAUUAGAAAAAUAUCGAGAGAAUACAUAAUCGCUGUGUGCUGCUUUAAAGCUGAUGAAAGAAAGAGACAGCGAAUGACUUCAACAUGGCAUUGAAGCUGCUAGUUCUCCUCAUCAUAGCAUCUUCAGCUCUGUCCGUCCCGACCCAUGGAAAACAGAAGGCUGCCAAGUGUGGAUAUGAGAGUUGUACGAAGCCCAAGGAUGGCAUGUUGAAUGUUCAUAUAGUUGCCCACACACACGACGACGUGGGCUGGCUGAAAACCGUUGACCAAUAUUAUUAUGGACAUCGGAAUAACAUACAAAAAGCUGGCGUGCAGUACAUUCUGGACUCUGUUGUGAAAGAGCUAUGGGAGAUUCCGGAACGAAGAUUCAUCUACGUUGAAACUGCGUUCUUCGCCAAAUGGUGGUUUGAACAAACCCCUGAAAUCCACCGCAAAGUCGACCAGCUGGUACAAGAGGGUAGAUUGAAGUUUGCCGGCGGCGCUUGGAGUAUGAACGACGAGGCAAACACUUAUUACCAGAGCACUAUAGACCAAUUCACGUUUGGACUCGGCUUUCUUAAUGCCACAUUUGGCGAAUGCGGCCGUCCCAGAGUAGGAUGGCAGAUAGAUCCUUUCGGUCACUCCCGAGAGUUCGCCUCUCUCCUAGCGGGGAUGGGUUAUGACGGGCUGUUCUUGGGUAGGAUAGAUUAUCAGGACAAGACCCAAAGGAUGAAGGAUAAGACCAUGGAGUUCGUGUGGAGAGGAGAUGAUAGCUUGGGUAAAUCUUCGGAUAUAUUUACUGGCAUUUUAUACAACACUUAUGCCCCACCGCCUGGUUUCUGCUUCGACAUUCUCUGUAAUGACGAGCCGAUUAUCGACGACCCAUCGUCGCCGGAUUACAACGUUGACAGGAGGGUCACCGACUUUAUAAAAUACGUGCAGUUGGAACAAAAAAAUUACCUCACCAACAAUGUGUUGGUCACCAUGGGCGGAGAUUUCACAUACCAGGACGCUGGAAUGUGGUACAAAAACUUGGACAAGUUGAUUAAGUACGGCAACAAGAUGGCGGCUGAUGAUAACUUGAACAUAAACAUAUUCUACUCCACACCAGAUUGCUAUUUGAAAGCUGUGAAGGAUGCAAAUCCCGUACUGCCCAUCAAACAGGACGACUUUUUCCCGUACGCGAGCGAUCCGCAUUCGUACUGGACUGGAUACUUCACGUCCAGACCAACCAUAAAGCUGAUAGAAGCAGAGGCCAACAAGUACAUGCAGAUGGCAAAACAAUUGUACGUGUUAGCUGGCCUUUCAAUGAACAAAAUGCCCGUUUUGGAUGAGCUGAAGAGUGCUAUGGGAUUUUUGCAGCAUCACGACGCUAUUACGGGCACGGAGAAACAGCACGUAACAUACGAUUACAUAAGAAUCAUUUCUGCAGCUCUGCACGAAGCUCAUGAAGAAAUUACCACUGAAGCGCUCAAUAAACUGAUUCAUGGCAGCAGCAGCGAUGUGAAGUGGAAAUUUGACAGGUGUCAGUUUAACGAAUCCAGUUGCGUCACUUCCGAGAACGCACGCGGCGCCAUGAUAGUUACAGUGUAUAAUCCCUUGGCAUGGUCAGUGCUUGCACCAAUCAGAAUCCCUAUAAGCGGAGAGAAGACACUCAGAGUUACAGAUGGUUCUGGCAAAACAUACGCGACCCAGACUACUUACAUAGAAGAAUCCAUCAGAAAGAUACCAUCCCGCAGUUCCAUAGCUACCCACGAAUUUGUUUUCGUGGCCAAUAUCCCAGCGCUGGGCUUCAAAUCGUUUUACGUUCAAAAGAAAAAAACUGGCAAGAGACAUAGAAGAGAUGCUGAUGUUAGCAGGAGUAAAGAUGAAUACAAUGUGGUUAGUGGUAGUGAAGCAGCGUGUGAUGACCCGAUGGUCGUGCAGAGAUAUGAUGAUGAGCUGGGUGAUGAGGGUGUAUCAUCAAUUUCACGCUCGGCUUCAACUUCUCUACGGACAGUAACUUCCGGCGGAAAGACUUAUGAAUUAUCUGGCACAGUCGGUUACUACCCUGGUUACCUUGGCAACAAUAUGGUAUACGCAAACAGAUCUUCCGGCGCCUACAUAUUCCGUCCUAACGCCAUUUCAGCCACCAUUCUCAGCAUCCUCAACAAAACGGACGUAACCGGCAACGUUUUCCAAGAACAGAGAUUCGUCAUGUCCGGGAACGCCGAGUACACACAGCGUACUUACACAGUUUUGGAGUACAGCGAGGUCGAUUGGCUCAUAGGACCGAUUUCCGAUGAAGAUGGCGUAGGUAAAGAGUACGUUAUGAAGUACAUUUCGAACAUCUUGAACAAUGGAGAAUUUGACACCGACUCCAGCGGUAGAACGACUUUGAAGAGGAAACUGAAUCAACGGCCCCAAUGGAACUUGACCCUGGAGGAGCCCGUAGCGGGCAAUUACUAUCCCAUAGUCGGUUAUAUUAGUAUCAAAGAUUCUGAAAGUAAUUUAUCGCUAAGAAUCAUCCCGGAUAGACCAGAAGGAGGUGCUUCUCUAGUGGAAGGAGAAAUAGAAAUGAUGUUACAUCGACGAUUGUUGCACGACGACGCUUUCGGUGUAGGCGAAGCUCUAAACGAGACUUACAAUGGUAGAGGUUUAGUUGUCAGAGGCACAAACAGGAUAUACUACAGUGAUGCAAAGUUUGCGUUCAAAGAUGUGUUAGACACUCGAAAUAAACCAGAAGUUUUUGUUACUGACGCUCGCGGUAUCACUCUUGAGGAAUUCAAAGCUCUAAAUACGGAAAAGUCUUGGAUAGGAAAUCUUGCGAACGGAGUACAUUUAUUAACUUUAGAACCUUGGAAUGAAGGCGAAUUAUUGUUAAGGUUAGAGAAUUAUUUGGACAAAUCCGAGGGUUCGACGAAGCAAAUCGACUUGAGCAACUUCAUGAGUGGGUUUAAAGUGAAAUCUGUACAAGAGAUGCUUUUGAGCGCUGACAAAUUGAAGAGCAAUCAUAAUCAAUGGGUUUGGAGUGUUGCCGACCAGUUUGCUGCAGAUAUCAAUAAAGAAUAUGGUAGUUUUAGGAAAACAGCAAGAGCUGUGGAUAGAGUUAAGAUGGCAGACGACGGCAAUAAAAUCAAUUUGGACGCCAAAGAAAUAAGGACAUUUGUAGUUAAAUACGAAUUAGAUUAAUGCAUUUUUUAUGGAGAUUUAUGUGUUAAGUCAUUACGAUUAGUUUACAAUAAUAAAAUUAUGCUGGCAAUACAA